AUGGCUCUUCGAGACGUUUUCGACAGCAGCGAUGGUAAAGAGACGCCGAACUUGGAUGAGGAGAUGGGCGGACUGGCCGCAGUCGGAGCGGAGGGCGAGACUGAAAUGAGCAGGCGGAAAGAGCAGCUAGCAGUUGUGGACGAUGUCCAGCAAGAACAGCAACAGCAGCAGGUCCCGAGAUCGGUUCUGCGACGGUCUCUAGGCGUCGUGGGCCGAGUGCUGCUCUGGAUGCCGCCGUCGUGUCGAUACGACCCGGUUAAGCCGCCCGAGUUCACCAUGGGGCUAAACAUGCUCUUCUCGUUUGCCACGACAGCAACUGUCGGCAAUCUCUACUACAACCAGCCGAUCUUGUACCAGAUUGCCGACACGUUUGACGUCUCGUACGAGCGGUCGUCGAUCAUCGCGACGCUGAUGCAGGCCGGCUACGCGACAGGCAUCGUGCUGCUCUGCCCGAUCGGCGACGUGCUGCCGCGCCGGCCGAUGAUCCUGGCGCUGGUGGCGCUGACGGCGCUGCUCUGGCUGGGCCUCUGCCUAACCGACUCCUUUGCCGUCUUUUCCGGGCUCUCGUACAUCUGCGGCUUCACCACCGUGACGCCGCAGCUGAUGCUGCCGCUGGUCGGCGACCUGGCACCGCCGCACCGCCGGGCAGCCGCGCUCGCCAUCGUGGUCUCGGGCCUGUCGUUGGGCAUGCUGGUGGCGCGCGUCGUUGCUGGUCUCGUGGCCAACUACACAUCCUGGCGCAACGUGUAUUGGUUCAGCUUCGGCGCCCAGGCCGUCGUGCUGGCCUCGCUCUUCUGCUUCAUGCCCGACUACCCGACCAAGAACAGUUUGGCCGAGGAGGCGGCAGCAGGAGACGAAUCCGCAGGACGGGGCCGUAGCAGAACUGCCCUCCACCAGAUCCUUCGCCUCUGCCGCGUCCUCUACGGCGGCAUCGUCAUGCUGCUCGUCCGCCAGCCGACUCUCGUGCAGGCCUGCCUCAUUGUCUACUGCCUCAGCGCCGUCUUCACCAGCUACUGGACCACGCUGUCGUUCCUGCUGGCCUCGCCGCCCUACAACUAUCCGUCCUUUGCGAUCGGCCUCUUCGGCCUCAUCGGUAUCGUCAUCAUCUGCUUCGGCCCCUUUUACGGUCGCUUUGUCAUCGACCGCAUCGUUCCCACCGUCGCCGUCCUCCUCGGUAACGCGCUCGAGAUUACCGGCGUCGCCAUCGGCGUCGGCAUCGGCACCUUUUCUGUCGCUGGCCCUGUCAUCCAGGCCAUCUUCAUCGACUUUGGUAAUCAGUGCUCCAACAUCGCCCUGCGCACCUCCAUCUAUGGACUCGCUCCCAAGGCCCAGAACCGCAUCAAUGCCGCCUACAUGAUUGCCUCCUUCACCGGCCAGCUGAGUGGCUCGGCCGCCGGAAAUCGGCUCUAUGCCCAGGGCGGAUGGCGCUACAGCGGUGCCCUGAGUCUCGGCUUUCUUGGCUUUGCCACGCUCAUCUGUCUGGCCAGAGGUCCCCGCGAGACCGGCUGGGUCGGCUGGCAUGGCGGCUGGUCUAUCCGCAAAGACUCCAAGCCAACAAAGCCGGUCUCGGCAGAAUCUUCGGGCGAAGAAGGAGUGGUUUCUGACGCUGUUCAAGAGAAGGUGGCAUAG